AUGUUCAAACAACUAUCUCGCCUACCAUGCCGGUCAACCUUCACCCCACUGGCACCCGGUAGCCGGCGAUAUCUCCAAACCAAAAAGCAACAUUACCUGCCAGCAGCUUACUACCGCGGCGGCACCUCACGCGCAGUCUUCUUCAAGCAAGAAGACCUGCCCCCAAACAGAACAGACUGGGCCCCCAUAUUCCGCAGUGUGAUUGGCAGUCCAGAUCCCCAUGGUCGACAGCUAGACGGACUAGGAGGUGGAAUAUCUAGCCUCUCGAAGGUCUGCGUCGUCGGCGCACCAACACACGCCGAAGCCGACGUCGAUUAUACUUUCAUCUCGCUCGGUAUCGAGAACACCGACGUUGACUAUUCCAGUAAUUGCGGGAACAUGAGUUCUGCCGUCGGCCCCUUCGCCGUCGAUGCACAUGUGUUCCCCUUGCAGAAUCUCAACCCGGAUUCAGCCUCGGUACGCAUCCACAACACCAACACCGGCAAGAUCAUCCGUUCUUCUUUUCCUGUUGUCGAUGGCGAAGCUGCCGCCAGCGGGGACUUUGCUAUAGACGGUGUCGCGGGUACAGCGGCCCGUGUCCAGCUCGACUUUAUCGACCCCGCCGGCUCGGUUACGGGGAAACUCCUGCCUACCGGCAAUGUCGUCGAUACCUUUGAUGGAAUCGGAGCUACGUGCAUUGACGUCGGGAAUCCGUGUGUCUUUGUGCAGGCGCUUGAUCUUGGAGUGAGUGGGAAUUUGACUCCUGAUGAGAUCACUGCUCAUUCAGAUUUACUGCUGCGUUUGGAGUCGAUUCGUCGGCAGGCGGGCGUUAAGAUGGGUAUUGUGGAUGAGAUUGGGGCGGUUCCUGGUAGUGUACCUAAGAUCUGUAUCGUGGCAACUCCAUCUCCAACCGAUUCCAGGGAUAUCAAACAGCGACAGACGUCUGCUGAUGUUGAUCUUUUGGCUCGUGCGAUUUCGGUUGGACAGCCACAUCAGGCAGUCCCGAUUACUGUCGCUUUGUCGCUUGCUGCUGCUGCUCGUGUGCCGCAGAGUACAGUGGCUGGCGUUGUGGAUAAGAAUCCCGUCGACAGUGCUGGCAUCACUAUUGGUCAUGCCAGUGGGAACCUGCUGGUUGGUGCAGAUUUCGAUGUAGACGGAGCGUUGACCUCCGCUACAGUCUUUAGUACAGCGCGUCGUUUGUUUGAGGGCCGCAUUUUAUGGAAGAAAAUUAACUGA